GGGAGUGCAUCCAGCCCUCUAUCAGCGUGGCUGAGAUGGGUGAUGCGAGUAGCUGAGCGCACGCAGUGCGGGAUUGCGGCAUGCGGGAGAAUGGGAGAAUCCUGCUGGGCGUUCCUAUUUGUAUUCUACUACGUCUGGGCUGGCUUUCUACCUCUAUGACUCCAGUCAGACCGCUCGUCGAACAGGCGCAGGGCGCAUUCGUGACCCUGUGGACCAUGUAUAUGCUAUCCAUCGCAGCCUACUUCCCUGGCGUCUACCCGAAAGAGGUGGCCAUCCGCGUGCACCAUGUGCGGAUGGGUCAGAGGGAUCUCAAAGCAGAGAUAUUCGUGCGCUGUCAACUUCUUGGCAUUGAAUCUGCGCUCCUGACUUGGAUGCGUGCAGAUCUUGGUCACUUUUGCGGUGGACAGUGCUGCGCUGCUUUG